AUGAUUGACUUGGGCCUCACCGACGGCAGCCUGAUCGAUGAGUUGAUGGUGCUAACAUCGCAGAGCCUUGGGCAACUGGAGAUCCAAGAACACUUCAACGUCAUUAAGGAGAUCGGCCGAGGAAAAUAUGGCAAAGUGUUGCUGGUCACACAUCGCUUUAAGGGGACUCCCAUGGCUUUGAAAGUAAUGCCGAAAACCUCAACUAAACUCCAGGGCUUCCUGCGAGAGUACUGUAUCUCCUUGCAUCUGUCCAGCCACCCCUGCAUCGUGGGUUUGUUUGGCAUCGCCUUCCAGUCGAGUGAGCACUACUGCUUUGCCCAGGAGCUUGUAAUUGGAAGGGAUUUGUUUGCUGUCAUUCAGCCCAAGGUGGGGAUUCCUGAGCCAUCUGCUAAACGUUGCGUGGUCCAGAUUGCCAGUGCUUUGGAGUUCAUCCACAGCCGCGGCCUGGUCCACCGUGAUGUCAAGCCUGAGAACAUCCUUCUACUGGAUCAUGACUGCUGCCAGGUCAAGCUGGCAGACUUUGGCCUUGCCCAAAAGAGGGGUACUCUAAUCAGUUUCAUCACAGGGACCCUGCCUUAUAUGGCCCCUGAGCUUUGCAGCGUUGCUCUCUUGGAGGGCCAAAAAGAAGUCACUGCUCCUCCACUCAGUGUGGAGCCAAGUCUUGACACUUGGGCCUUUGGGGUGCUUAUAUUCUGCAUCUUGACGGGUUACUUUCCUUGGGAGCGUUGCAUGGACACGGAUGACUGCUACCAGGAGUUUGCUGAUUGGUUAAGAUUGGGAGAGAACGCUGAGGAGGACAAUCCUCAGUUGUGGAAAAAGUUCACCCCAGAAGCUAUGGAGUUGUUCAGUAAGCUCCUGGCUGUGGAUGCCGAAAAAAGGUGCACUGAAGGGGUGGUGAAAAAAUAUGUAGGGGAAGCUUGGCUUAAGAAGGAAUAUGGGAUGGAAGAGCAGCAGCCAGUUAAACAAGGCAAAGUAUAA